CACUUAACUAAACACACACACACGCGCAGUAGGCAGCUUGAUAAGCGAUUUACAGUUACAGAUCCAGCACGCAAUUCAAUUCCCGGCCAAUUGAGACCAUUAAAAGAGCGAGCGCGGAGCGGAGGCGACACCAUCACCAGAGCCAGCACCAGCACAAGCACACACACGGGCAGACAGAGAGAGGCACUGCAACAAGACUCGGCGUUCUUUGUUGCAAAUUACCGUUGGGCCCCCACUCCGCGCCUUCCAACGCCAACCCCUUCCACUGGGCCACCGGUCCACGGUCCGCGAUCCGCCAGCCAGUAGCUUCCAGCCAGUGCUCCGAUGCAGACGUCUCGCUGAGAAGGCAACAAAUCGCUGGACUGGAAAGGAGCAAGCAAAACCAUGUCGGCGGUGAACCAGAAGGAGAGCCCCAGCCGAGACUCGACGGCCUCCACAUCCGGCCACAUCUCGAUGCUGGCGGACAACACGCUGGAGUCGCUCUCGCGGGACUACAGCCUGGGCAGCCUGAACUCGGCGGGCAGCCAGGACGAGUUCUUCCGCUGCCGCGACCAUGCGGACAACAUCCUCAAGCGGAUGCAGCUCUACGUGGAUAGCCAGCAGCUCUGCGAUGUGGUCCUCAUCGCGGGGAUCGAUGGCAAGAGGGUUCCUGCCCACCGCCUGGUGCUAUCGGCGUCGAGCGCCUACUUCUCGGCCAUGUUCACGGGAUCGCUGCGCGAGACCAAGGAGCAGGAGGUGACCCUCGGCGAGGUCCACGGGGAUGCACUGCACCUGUUGGUGCAGUACUGCUACACCGGCUUCAUCGAGAUGCGCGAGGACACAGUGGAGACGCUGCUGGCCACCGCCUGCCUGCUGCAGCUGACUGCCGUGGUCACCGCCUGCUGCAACUUCCUGGCCCGCCAGCUCCACCCAUCCAACUGCCUGGGGUUCGCCUUCUUCGCGGAGCAGCAGAGCUGCACCACGCUGCUGCGCCUGGCGCAGGCUUACACCUGCCAGUACUUCAUGCAGGUGUGCCAGAACCAGGAGUUCUUCCAGCUGAACGCCGAUCAACUGGGCAAGCUGCUGUGCAGCGACGAUCUCAACGUGCCCUCCGAGCAGGAUGUCUUCCACAGUCUGAUGUCGUGGGUGCGCCACGAUUCCGCUGCCCGUGAGCAGCACAUCCCCGAGCUGUUGGCCCUGGUGCGACUGCCCCUCCUGCAGCCCGCCUUCAUCAUGGAUCACGUGGAGAACGUGUGCAACGCCAACGAGUGCCAGCAGCUGGUGAUGGAGGCCUUCAAGUGGCACCUGAUGCCCGAGCGCAGAUCCCGGAUCGCCACCGAGCGGACCACGCCACGCAAAUCCACAGUGGGCCGCCUGCUGGCCGUCGGCGGAAUGGACGCCCACAAGGGCGCCAUCAGCAUCGAGAGCUACUGCCCGCGCUUGGAUAAGUGGACACCGUGGAAGCACAUGACCGGGCGGCGCUUGCAGUUCGGUGCCGCCGUCAUGGAGGACAAGCUGAUCCUCGUGGGCGGUCGCGACGGCCUGAAGACCCUAAACACCGUGGAGAGUUUGGACCUGAAUACGAUGGCCUGGGCGCCGCUCAAUGCCAUGGCCACGCCCCGCCAUGGACUGGGCGUGGCGCUGCUGGAGGGACCACUCUAUGCGGUGGGUGGUCACGACGGAUGGAGCUACCUGAACACCGUGGAGAGAUGGGACCCCUUUGCCCGCACUUGGAGCUACGUGGCGCCCAUGUCCUCGAUGCGAUCCACCGCCGGCGUGGCUGUCCUGGGCGGUCGCCUGUAUGCGGUGGGCGGACGGGAUGGCUCCGUCUGUCAUCGCUCCAUCGAGUGCUACGAUCCGCACACCAACAAGUGGAGCCUCCUGGCGCCGAUGAACAGACGACGCGGCGGCGUGGGUGUGACAGUGGCCAAUGGCUUCCUCUAUGCCCUGGGUGGCCACGACUGUCCAGCUAGCAAUCCGAUGGUCUGCCGCACGGAGACAGUGGAGCGCUACGAUCCAGCCACCGAUACCUGGACACUGAUCUGCUCACUGGCCUUGGGCCGGGAUGCGAUUGGCUGUGCCCUGCUGGGCGACCGCCUCAUCGUCGUCGGCGGCUACGAUGGCAACCAUGCGCUGAAGAGCGUGGAGGAGUACGACCCGGUGCGCAACGGAUGGAACGAACUGGCGCCCAUGGGUUUCGCCAGGGCCGGCGCCUGUGUGGUGGCCAUUCCCAAUGUCAUACCACCGGCGGCCCAGCAGCCGCCGCCCAGUGCUACAGUUUAGUCUAAACCCACUCCACUUUCGGUUGCAGUGUAGGCUCGUUGAAUGCAUCGCUAGUGGGUUCGGUUUACGGAUGUGGGCCAAAUCUCCGGGUUAACAGGCAGCUUUUUGGGAACUAUUGCAUUUAACAACCAGCCAAACUUUCACUUUACUAGCUCAGGCUUGAGUUAACUAGAUAUUUCUGGCUAAAAGAUAUGAUGCCUUUACCUAAUGAUAUGUAGUAUUCUGUUUUGGUUUAGUUUUGUGGUGUACCAUUCCAUAAAUUAUUAGUUUACUUAUAUAUGCAGAUCCAAAUGCACUGUACAUCUCUCUUACAUUUUAAACUUCAAUUGUCAUUCCAUUUUUGCAAAAAUAAUUGCCAAAAUUAUGCAAUGUUAUUACUUCUUUUGGGUAGUCAGCAUACAUAUAUAUGUACAUUAUCCAUAGUAAUUUAAAGAGCACAAGUAUUUCCUACAUUUCCAUUGAAAACCAUCCUAGGUUUAGAAAGGUAGUUUUUUGAGUAGCUGCACCUCCUGAAGGCCUGAAAGCGAUGCACUUAGCGAAAACACUGCACCCAGUUUAUAGUAGUUGUUGUUACUGUUGCCGUGAGCUGCUCGUGGUUGUUGCUCGUGUUCCCUAACCCGGAAAGUUCUUGAAACGCAGCUCACCCUCGCCUCGCCUCGCCUCGCCUCGCUCUCGUCUGUGUUCUGUCAUGAUUCCCUGUGGUAUGGCAUACACCCAGUAUUCACCAACUUCCCACACGCCCAGCACUCCCUGUACUCCCUGUAAACCCCCACUUUUCGGCUGCUAUCUAGGACUAAGUAAACUAAAACCGUAUGAUAAUGAUAACAAAGACCCGGAGAAAUCUCAUAGGUUCUAAGAAGUGCAUGCUGCGAGGCUUCCAAUCUAAAAUCGACCCCUAGUUGUAAUUAAACCACAUAUUUCACCCGAUCCUCCAGAGUCUGGGCAGUCUCCAUCCCGCUCACCCCCAUGGUGACGUACGCUUCACACGCCGCAUGCCAUCUCGCUCGCACCGGUGAUGGGCCCACACUCCAUUCCAUACAACAUAAUUCGUAAUAUCCUAGAUAAGACUGCGCCAAGCCAAAUUUCCAACAAAAUUGCUCAUUUUGCAUGUGAAGUGUGCAGACCAUCAAAAAACGAAAACAAUCAAAAAGACAGCUGCAAUUGCUUAGUUUUAGUUAGUAAAUACGCUGUAUUCCAUGGAAUGAAUCAAUUUCGACCUGCAUCGUCAUUUUGUACCGAUAUUCCUAGUAAAUCUAGAUGUGUGUUUGUGCGUACAUCGAGCAUCUAUUUCUAAUUGUUUUUUAUGUUUUAUUUCUUUCUUUCCCUUUCCCUUCGAUUGCAUUUAAAAUAAAGAAAAAGAAGAAGUGGAAGCCAGUGAGAUUGGAUCCAAUCUGCUAUAAUAGGCGUCCCAGAUCUGUCGAGUUUGUCGACUACUAUAACAUGUAAAUGCAAGACAGACAAGACAACAGACAAGCAAAACAAACUAAUAACGUAAACUAUAAACAUUAAGCCAAGCUACAAGAAACACAAGAAAACGUAAAAAAAUAAAAGAAUCCAAAUAUUACGUAUUAUUUUAUAUUUACACAUAUAUAUAUUUUUACACUAAACUUACACUGCAUAAUGUUUACACUGGAUAUGUAUUUUUUGUAAUAAAAGCGAAAAUAAAACAGAUAUUUCCCAGCAAAUGCAGGUUUAACUUCGAAAA